AAAUAAAGUGAAGUGAAGGACAACAGCCACAGAAGCAGGCUCCAAACUUGGGCUCUUCUUCUGGCAUCAGAAACCAACUCUGUGGCUUUCCAGUCUGUCUUGAGGGGGACUGAAGUGGGCUUUCUUCAACCAACCAUGUCCUCCAUCUCUUCUUCAAUGCUUUUCUCCUCCUCGCCUCGUCCUCCUCCUCCGCCUCAGGUGCUUCGUGUCAGCUCGCUCUACACAGCAAAGCCUUCCUUCUCCGAUUCCAUGGCUACCUCUGCUCCCAAGUGGGCCCAGAAGACUAUUACUCUGCCCCCACACCGCCGUGGCUGUCAUCUUAUUACCCCAAAGAUACUGAAUGAAAUUGGGAGUGACUUGUCAGAAUUCAAGUGCGGCCUUGCUCAUCUCUUCUUGCAUCACACAAGCGCCUCUCUUACUAUCAAUGAGAAUUACGACUCUGAUGUCCGAGAUGACACCGAGACUUUCCUCAACAAAAUUGUUCCUGAGGGAAGAUCUGCUCCUUGGAAGCAUACCCUCGAAGGUCCAGAUGACAUGCCGGCACACAUUAAAUCAUCAAUGUUCGGAUGUUCCCUAACUUUCUAUUCCUGUGCAGGAUUCCAAUCACUGAUGGAAAGCUUAAUAUGGGCACUUGGCAGGGAAUAUGGCUAUGUGAGCACCGGGACCACCCUACUGCGCGUAAAGUUGUGGUUACCCUUAAUGGAAUAUGAGGAGCUAGUAUUUGGCUUUUGUGUGUUUGUAACUUAAGAUGAUGUUGUGGCAGAUUAUCGUGCCUGUUUCACAUUUUAACGGGACAUACUUGCGUUGUUAUGUUCCUGGACUUGGCGUUCUGAUGACUUUGAGCAUAUUAAAAACUAGAUUCAUAGAAUAAA